AUGUCAUCAGGCUUUCACCCGUUCGGUGGACGAGUGAGUAGACGCUUUGGCGACAAGUCACUCCAGCCCGACGAUGCAUACCUCAGUUACCAUGAUAUUCGAUUGACGGUCGAAGACGUCGAUUGCAUCAAGAACGACUGGCUCACCGACAACGCCAUUGCCUUCUGGGAAGAAUACCUCGAACACGAGAAACUAAACGCCUACCCUAAAGCCCGCAUCGUCCUCCUCCGCCCCAGCAUGGCCUUCAUGCUCCUCCAAACCAACGACCCCAUGUCCCUGAAAUCCGCCCUUCCUUCUUUCGAAAACACAACACACAUCUUCUUGCCCGUGAACGACUGCCGCGAUGUCGAACACGCAGAAGGCGGCUCCCACUGGUCCUUACUUCUCGUCAGCGUCGUCGACGGCGUAGCCUUUCACUACGACUCGCUCUGCCCUUCCAACAUGAACGAAGCGAAAAUGCUGUCACACCAUAUCUCGCAACUGCUGCAGAAGCCGCUGAAGUUUGUGAAUCUGGACGAUUCUCCUCAGCAGGAAAAUGGGAGUGAUUGUGGUGUUUUUGUGUGUUUGCUGAUGCAGCAUCUGUUGUUGGGGAGGUUGCUGCAGGCACACGCGCAGGACAAGGUCAGUAUGAGUAUGAAGGGCAAGAACGUCGAUGCGACUGGAGGGAGAAAGGAGAUGUUGAGGGUUAUUGAGAUGUUCAGGAAGGAAGGGGAGAGGAGACGCUCGUAA